AUUUAUAACACUCUUUUGAAUUCUACUUUUCCUUGAAUUAAAACGGUCUCAAAUUUGUAAACGUCGCGUUCACGUUUUUCUAUAAUUUUACUGCAGUCUUCAAAAGUCCGUGUAUCAUGUGAGAAACAUUAAAAAAAAUGGAUGAUAGCGUGUGUCAAAAGAACUUGAAUACAUGUGCAUACUGGAAAACGACACUUCCAUUAUGUAACUUUGGUCCUAUCUAUAAGCCAGGCGCAAAUGGAGGAGAGGAAAUUGUCUUUACAUAUCCCGCAAAGAAAAUAUCUGCAAUACCGUCAUUAACAGACCGGGCUUCACAGAAAACAACGACAGCAACAACAAUAACAACCAGUCUCCAAACAGAUUAUAUCACAAAAGAACAGACAAUUUUGCAUUCUGAAUAUCCAGAAUCAUCCAGAUCAAGCACCAGAGGGACGGGGGGAGUAGACUCAAGUACAAGUGCGUCUGUUGGAUUUGAACCGAGAGUUACAGUAGCAGAAGGUGACACAUAUACACAUAUCCCCACAGUUGAUGUUGUUCCUGUAUCCAUAGGUGUGGGGCUAUUUAGCUUUGCCUUAGGAAUGAUAAUUGUGAUGUUAAUAUUUAGAGGCAAUAAUGCAAGAAAAGCAGCUUCAAGAAAAAGACGAAAUCAAACUGAAAGUGUUCACCUCAUUGACACUGGGAAUCAACUUAGCUACCGGGAAGCUGCAAACGUCGAGCAAACAGAAAAUGGUAGAUACCAAGACAUCCAAUCCUUAAAUACAAACAUCCGGAUGACAAACCCACAUAGAAACCAGGAAAUUUUAGAGGACGUGGGUUAUCGCAAUAUGGUGUUCAGAAACUACGACAAUCCGGAAAUGUGUUUAAAGAACCUUACUAACAAUCAUUCUAGUGCUGAAUGCAUUAAUCAUCCAGUCCAAAGUUAUGAUGGAAAUACGUUUGAAUUGAAAGAUAUGUAAUUAUUACGAAU